UGAAAAGUAUGCAAGCGUUUUAUGAUACUUCGAUGUGCAUGAGAUUUGCAUCCGGUCAUGUAAAAUUGUAAUUAUAGAGUGGCUAUGACUGCAGAAAAUAGUCAGCCAGAUUCGUUCUCAAUCAGUAGUUUAGCUAGCUAACCAGUUAAGCUUGUUUUAUAAACCUCAACACACUGCGUCUGGUUUCGAAUAGCGAUUCAUACAGUGUUAUAGAUGUGCAGUAGCAACAAGAUCGUGUGAGAUGGGCUUUAAAGAACAUUAUUUAACUUUGAAUCAAAUCUAAGUGAAAGACAAGCAGACAAAACGGAUGUGUAUACAAUAGCACAGCAGACUUCGUUGGUUUUCAGCUUUUGGUUUUACCCGCACCCCUUUCGUUUGGUAUACAAAACACAGAGAAAAUGGCGGAAUUUGAGGACGAAGCACUGCCCCAAACAAUGCAGGAGAACCGAGAUGAAGAGGAGCCCCAAGAUACCGAUGACUAAGCCAAUCAAGAUGCAAUACAACCCAAGUUUCGAGGAAAAGCACAUUGAAGAGGCAGAGGAGAUGGACACCUCAGAAGACCUGCAAGAUGACAACCUGAUCAAGCAGGAACACUUCCACAGUUCUAAUAAUGAACAACAAGAUGGACAUUUGGCAGUUAGGAGGAAUGUAAUAUUAGAACGAACAAAAUUCAACCAAAGACAACAAGAAGCAGGAGAGACAGCUGAUGAUUUUAUCACUGCACUUCAUUGUUUGUCAGAACAUUGUGGUUAUGGAGCUCUGCUCAGUGAGAUGAUUAGAAAUAGACUAGUCAUGGGCUUACGUGACAGAAGACUGUCCGAGCAAUUACAAAUGGACCCAGAAAUAACACUGGAUAAAGCUGUCACACGCAUUCGUCAAACUGAACUUGUGAAAAAGCUACAGGACCUGCCGGAGAAUAACUUCAAAGUUGCCAGCAGUACAGCAAAUGUAGACAUUGUGCUUUCACAUAGCAAACAGCAAUGCCCAGCCAAUACCCAGUGCCAAUCAGAGAAGAAGCAAAACUCAGAAAGACCACAACCUCAAACAACGCAGGAGAAUGGAGAGGAGCCCCUAGAUACUGAUGACUCUGAUGAGUGGACCGAGGGUUUCAGUCCUGGAGGAGAGAAGCCACACUACUGCUCCGACUGCAGUAAGAGCUUUAGAAAAGUGAGGGAUCUUAUAAGACACCAGAGAUCACAUACUGGAGAGAAGCCUCACCACUGCCCUGUUUGCGACAGAAGUUUUGCUCGAUUAGAUAAGCUUAAAUUACACAAAAAAAUGCAUAUGAAAGAGAAACAUGUCACACAGACAGAAGAAACUAAACUGAAGGUAGACCGUGUGCACACACAGCAAAGAACCGCCAGCAGAGGCAGGCAGAAGAGUAAAAGGCGUGCAGAAACGCCAGGAAAAAUAGGCCAAUCACAGCCAGGAAAAGAAUUGUCUUGCAAAAGUUUAACUAGAAAGAAUCAACACUCAGAAAAACUGCGACAACCCCAAACAAUGCAGGAGAAUGAAGAGGAUCCUGAAGAUACUUCUGAUGACUGGACCGAGAGUUUCAGUACUGUAGAGAAGCCAUACAUCUGCUCCGACUGUGGUAAGAGCUUCAAACAAGAGAAUCGUCUUAUAAGACAUCAACGAACACAUACAGGAGAGAAGCCUUACGACUGCCCUGACUGUGACAAAAGUUUUGCUCGAUUAGAUAAUCUUAAAUUACACCAAAAAACACAUAUGAAGGAGGAAUGUAAUUUCCACUGCUCUGACUGUGUGAAAAGCUUUGUCCGACUGAAGCAGCUUGAAAAACAUCAGCUAACACACAAGAAAAGUUUUGAAAGACACAGAAUACAUUUGAGCAAAAGAAAACAAUUUCUCUGCACAAUUUGCGGGAAGGAGUGUCGCAACAUGAAAAUACACAUGCGAAUACACACUGGAGAGACACCGUAUCACUGCACUGAGUGUGGGAAGAGUUUUCCAUAUACAAAAUCAUACCAAAGACACAUACUAACACAUACCUCUGGAGAAAGAGCAACCUAUCCUUGUUUGGAAUGUGGAAAGUGUUUUACUCGCAGAGAUGGCAUGUUGAGACACGUGAGGAGGAUUCAUACUGGAGAGAGAAAUCAUCAGUGCAGAGACUGUGGAAAGAGAUUCUUUCGAAAAGAGACACUGAAGAGACACAUGCUAGUUCACACUGGAGAGAAACCAUACCAAUGCUCUAUCUGUGGUCAACGCUUUUCCCAAGAUGGAGACAGAAAACGCCACGAGAAGAGGCACUACUCUGGUGUCUCAAAUUUCCUCGAUUUAUAAUGCAGAAGUGGUGGAGGUACAGUAGCCUAGCGGUUAAGAUCAUUGGGUCAGUAACCGAAAGGUUGCUGGUUCAAAUCCCCAAAUUUACUAGGUGAAGAAUCUGUCGGUGCCCUAGAGUUAUGCACUUAAUCCUAAUUGCUCCUGUAAAUCGCCUUGAAUAAGAGUGCUAAAUAAAUGUCAUGUAAAAUGUGUUUGGCAUUGCAGGAAGUGGGAACCUACCUAAUCACUGUGACUUGAUAAUCUAAUAAUCUGUUAACUACAAUGUUGGUGGCCUGGAAUUGUCACCACAGAUUGUUGAAGAGACUCACAAGACAGACUGUUGCUGAUAUAUUACUGUCUUCAUAGCAGUAUUUAUUGUUUUCAAAAGUUGGUUAUUUUAAAUCAAAGGUUGUAACCGGUUCAGGGAACCGGACUUAAAAUAUGGAAAAUAACUACAUUAUUUGAGUAACACUAACCGAAAUCUAAAGUGAUCUAUACUGUUCCGGAACAGAACCAUUAUUUUAAAAGCAUGGGAACCGGUUAAUAACAUUAUUUAAAGUUUUCCAGUCCCACAUAAAUCGUAAACCAAGCGCAUAUGCAAAGCCCUUACUCUGUCACUCAGAAACGUAUUCCAGCAUCUGCCUGCCAGUUGGAAGUCUUUGCCAGUAAGUGUGCGUGUGUUUUGGAUACCUGCCCCUCCCCUCUGAAGCACAGGUUACUGUAGCCUACUGAUGACAAAACAAGUGUAAUUCAGAAAAUAGGCAGAGCUGUUUAAUAAAAAUUAUGGAUUGACUUAUUCAAUUGGUCGGAACAGUGGAGAAAGAAAAAGUCAUGUUCAGAACGAAAUGAUUGGAAAAUAAUUUCAGUUCCGACCCUUGUUUUUAAAAAUAUAUAUAUAUAUUUUUUUUAAAGGUAUUUGAAUAUUUUGUUUCAACAAAAGCAUAUUACAGUAUACUACCAAUAGCAGUCAUUGUUGAACGUUGGUAAUUCCCCAUUGGUGGUUCAGUUAGUUCAUAUUGUAUUAAUGUUUAUAUUGUUUUGAUUGUCAAGUGGGCCAUAAGCUAGUUUAAAAACAUGUCAAUGAAAGGUUCACAGCUACAACCUUCAGUGAGUUUAUACAUUUGUCUGAAAUUUGCUGAAUUCAGGGUGUCGUCAGGCAGGCAACCCAAUACCAUCGUUAGACUUUUAAACGGACACUAGAUGGGGUAGAUGUUGUGGUGGAAUUAUUGUAAUCAAAAGGAGGGACUUUUAGAUUUCUUCAAAACAAUCAAACUUUAUUAUUUAAUUAGUGCAGUAAUGGAGCUGGUCGGUAAUUACCCCUGGAGGUUAUCACUGAGAACUCAACGAGUUGGUUCGAGCCACAGCAUUUUAUAGCAAAGUCCAUCCUCCUUCAGUUUACAUGACACAACAGAUGUAUGGAAUGGGUCACAAGGUUAAGAUUUGUAUGAAAAAUACUUCGAGUUUUCAACAGUAUCUGCUGUAACAGCAUUGUGUAGAGACCAGUGUCUGGCCCCACAACUCCAUACUGGAGCCAUGUCUCCCUGGUACCGUAUAGAACAGAAACA